AUGGCCCAUGAGGCUUUUCCCCCGGACAACCCAUUCGCCCUGGGCGAGCUCUCCGCCAGCCUGCAGACCUCCCACGACGACGCUAGCGACCAGCACUACCAGGCCUAUCUGGCUGCGCAGGCCCCUGCUGCGAUAUGGGGACAUCCAUAUCAGAACGCUGGCGUGAAUGCUGUCAAGCAGUCGUCCAGCUCAGGUGAUUUCGGCGAUGACCCUCCUGCCGAGGGCAGUGAGCCACGGCCUGAGCCGAAGAAGCGAAAGCGCAACAAGCCGACGCUGAGCUGUCGCGAAUGUGUCGAGAAGAAGAUCAAGUGCGAUCGAGGCCGACCGCAACUUGCUGAGGUAUUUUCUUUCAAUACAGCUGUCUUUCGUGUAUCCGACGGGGAACGGAAUGUGUCUAUCGAUUCAAAGCUGAAUUGGUCGACAACAUUUUUGGCAUUGGAUCCGAGUAUGCAGUCGUCGAACCUCCCAUGCUUCCGCAUUGCUGACAGGCAGGUCUAUAGGUAUCCGUUCAGUAAUUACUGGACACUAUCCGGCGGGUUGGCUGAGGUUAUUUGCGUGCUUCCAAGAAAGGAGCAGGCAGAUAUUCUGGUUGAAGUGUUCUUCGAGUCUGUUGAUCCCGUUUAUCCCCUGCUCAACAGAGAGCGGUUCUACAUCGACUAUGAAGGCUUCUGGGCCCUUGACAAUGCCGAGAAGGCCAAGGUUGAUGCUGACUUCCUUGCCCUCAUCUUUAUCGUACUAGCGAUGGGCACACAAUUCCUCAAAGUCCCGGGUUCAAAGACGAUCGUUCCGCAGAACGAGACGGCCGAGUUCUACUCCAGCGCUUGCCACCAGAGCCUGCGGCUCUUCUCGUACCUGAACCGGACGUCGAUCCGGGCCAUUCAGUCGAUGGUCUUCAUGACUUACUUCUUGCUGAAUUCCGGCCGCGCCUCCGACGGCUGGGCGUUCUCUGGCAUCCUCGUCCGGCAAGCGUACGCAACAGGCUUGAAUCGGGAACCGUCCCUGGUCAGUCCCCAGUUUACGCUGUUUGAACGUCUCGAGCGACGACGGCUCUGGCACGCGAUUGUGUGUCAGGACAGUUUCAUGAGCAUGAGUCUGCGACUGCCGCCGGCGGCGACGCAUUGCGACAUUGACAAUGCCGCGCCCCUGCGUGAGAACGACGACUCGUCCUUCACGGAAGGAAGCCCGGAGAGCAUCAGCGAAGACCCUUUCAACGGACCCCGUGCCUCGGACCAGGGCUAUGUCCAGAGCAUGUAUUCUCUCGCGUUGCUGGCGCAGGAGACCAUUGCGACGCCGCGAUCGCUGUCCCUGCCCAUGGCAUCGAACCCGCGCCAGCGCAGCUUACUCCUAGCGCGCUUCCGAGCAACCUACCGCUCGUUCCCGGACGCCUUCCGGGCGUGGGACGAGAGCCGCAUCGCGACGCUGGUUCAGCAGGGCGAGAAGCGGCUGGUGCGGCAGAUCAUGUUCCUAACGGGUAUAUACUGGCACUGCAUCACGCUGAUCCAGAGCGAGGGGUUGGAGGAGGCAUCGACCGAAGGCCGAGGAAACAGCGAUGCGUCUUCUUCUUCUUCUUCUUCUUCUUCUAAUGCUGCUAUCAGAGGGACGCUCGAGGCAGCGUACGAGGCGAUGAGAGCAUUCUUUGUCAUUCACUCGGUGCUGAAGGGAGAGGGCAGCGUGUGGUGGGCGUUUUGUCACCGCGCGUUUUCGGCAGCAAUCAUCGUCGCCAACCUGGUGAAACGACACGAUGAGGAAGAGGCUUCGCGACAGCUGCAGUCGACCUCCACCAGCAGCUUAGGAACUGGAACCGACGCUGCUGCGGCUGCUGCUGCUGCUGCUGCGGCAGUGCCGCGUGGAUCAAACGCACGACGAUCAACAGCGAUGGAUCCCCUCUGGGAGCGCGCACGCGCGGAUGUACUCCGAAUGCUGGAGAUCCUCAAGGGGCCAGCCCAACUGGGCGAUGAAGGGGCGAAGACUCGCGUUGAGGUGCUAAGCAGUUAUCUGGGAUUGGGGAAGUAG